AUGCAGUCAUCAAACUACACAGAGCCAAACAUAGACAGUUGUGAUGAGGUCUCUAUGGAGGGUGACGAUAGCACUACCGAAUAUGUUUCGUAUCGCGACGAAGAGACUUUACAAGAGUCGCGCUUUAGCACAGAGGGAUAUGAAGUCAGUCCCAGCCGCCAGCAGCCAGAGAGUUUAUUGACAUCCUUGUGCCCAUAUAGUGCAGCUGCGCUCGAUAUCUCUGGAAGCUGCGCAACCCACUCGGUAACAAACACAUAUCUGGACGCGCCCAUGACCUCGAUUCUCGAAAAACUGCAGCAAGUAUCUCAUGAAUAUUCUAUACCAGAGCUACCCUUACUACUAGAUGCAUAUACUAUGCACAUUCUCGCAGAAGAUAGAAGCUCUGGCUCUUAUUCGGAACUCAGAGCUCUGCAGGAGGAAAACGAGGCGCUUAAACGGCAGCUUGAGGCACCAUUCAAUUCGCGACAUACUGAAGAAUUAGCACUUAUAGUUGCCUUUAAGCAGGUGAUGGAAGAGAAGGAUAAUGAGAUAAGUGCCUUGAAGUUGAGACUUAGCGAGUUAAGUAGCCAGGCUAUUAGCUCAAACGGUUGUGCUCCAAGUGCAGUGAAGGAGGAUCCUUCUAUUACUUCUGUUAACUAUAUCUCUCCGCCGGGUUUACUAGCAGACGAGCAGAGCUCAGCGGUGUUGCUGAGCGCCCUUGAACAACUGGCUUUUGUGCAAUCUGAUAUCAUUGGGUGGAUGGAUUCCAUUCCGCAGCAAUUUGCAGACACAGUAGCUGACCCUCUUAAGUCAAGCGUUGAGGCAUUGCUCCAUAGUUUGAAUCUGUCAUGUGAAGGCACCAAUUCCAUGAUGGGUCUAAUCGCCCUUUUGCUCGACACUGUUUCGCAGAAGCCACAAGGCGUAACUAUGGAAGAAAUAGCGCAUGGAUUUGAGCAGUAUAUUAGCGCGUCCAGAGCCCUGACGCAACAUCUUCGGGUGUUCACGAACGUCUCAAAUGCAUCCUCGCCUAUUCCAACGAAUGCUGAUGUAGAAAGGGAGAUGGACGAGGCCAAGCACCUUAAAAAGAUGGCAAUUAUGGCACUAGUAGAAGCGCAGAAUGCUAGGAAGGCCAUUGAGGAUAAACAAAAGGAGUUGGCCACAAAGGAAGAAGAGCUCGAGGCUGCCCACGCAUCUGCGUCUGCACUGCUCCAGGCCGCACAGUUAAAGCAGCCUUCUGAGAUGCCGUUACCAACACCACCACUAGAACAGACAGCGGCAAGUGACAGAGAAAAUUGCAAGACGCCUACUGAGGAUAACUGGGUAGAAAAAGCUGCUGAGGGUUCACUGACUGAAUCUGAACAGUAUUCUGGCUACCUCAAAGACAUGGAUGUCAUUCUGGACUUGAUACUCUGUAUUCGAGAUGCACUUUUCUCAGAUAAUGCUGUGCAGGCCCGGCUAUCCGAAGCUUCUAUUGUAGACCAAUCUUACUCUAAAGAUCCUCUGCAGCAAUCUAUUGAUUCUGCAUCAGCCAUGCUCCUGUCUAUUUUUAAGGCCCUUACUUCCGAUAUACCUGACCAACGCUCUACGCAAAGCAGCAGUGCCUCUGAGAUAGAUGAGGAGUGCAUGCAGUCACUUGGAAAGAGGCCUACAAUGGCGUCCGAAAUGAUCUCAACUAUCUCUAAGGUUUCUCAACAAAACCUAGAGGUUGCCGUGCCUUACACAUGCGCCGCUAAGCCUGAGACAGUUAGCGAAGAGCUAGACGAGGUUAUUCUAUUGAAGAAGGAGCUUCUAUCACGUAACGAGGUUAUCCAAUUAAUGAUACAAAAGCUUGAACAAAAGGACAGAGAUAUUAGUCGACUAACGCAGCAACUAACAGCCUCUGCUGAUGGGCUAACACGGAGUCUCAGUGUUGAGCGCUUUGGGGAGCCCAUUUCGCUAGAACCCAACAAAAGCACUGAUGACUUAAUCAAUGAAUUUACUCUUGCCACAGACACGGCCUCUACCAGUUCUACACUAGUGAAACUACGGUUUGAUGUGACGGCCAAGCUAUCUAUGAUGGAAAAGCUGAUGAAUUCUCAGGGUAUAACGGAUAAGGGCUCUCUAUUUUCACUGGUUAACCACUAUCUGAGUCUAAUAGAGGCGUCUGAUAACCCUCAGUAUGCUCUUCCUAUAGAUGGUGGGCUAGAUAAAGCCACUGAAAAGCAGCCUCUUGACAAUUUUGUGUGCUGGACUGAAGUUGAAUCUCCAGUGGCUUCUAUUCCAACAAACUUCAGGGCCGCGCUGGGUCCAGCAAAUGAGCAUACCAUUGAUGAAGUAGGAUAUGCAGCCCUUAACUCCAGAGUUGGGAAGAUGCACGAAUGGCACAUUCCUAUCCGCUGUGACAAAGGUACAGACCCUGACGGAGACUUUGUCGAUGCCGAUACACCAAUCUCUACAAACCCCACUGUGGACUGGCAAACACAUCAGAAGCAGCUUAGCGAUUUGAAAGAACAAAUUGCUCUACUCCAAGGAAAGGUUGACUCUGCAAACGAACGGGCCCAUCAGGCAGAGCUUAAACUAGAGAGCGAUUCUCGAUUUGUUGACACAGCCACAUCUGAUCUUAUAUCUUCCUCCAUUGACAAUUAUAAGAGAGAAAUUGAACAGAAAAAUGCACGAAUACAUUACCUUCAAGCAGCAUUGGCUGAAUUUACGAGCAAAGAGACUAACAAGACACCCAAUCCUGACAGUGGACUACUAGUACAACUAGAAACGAUGAAGCAGCUCUUGGCAACGCAAACAGCGGAUUUGAAGAAAGCAAAUACAAUGUUGGAGAUGGAGCAAGAGAAGGCAGCGGACUUAUCUGCUAAAUUGGUUGCAGCCGAGUUACUAUCCAGUGAAAAGGAGGACGAAUUGGCUAAACACAGAUUAAAUGAAGAUAAAUUAUUAACGAAGCUUCACGAAAGUGAGGAGCGUGAACUGCUCAUUGAGAAGCAGACAGCUGAGAUAGCUGACCAACGAACAGACCUUUGUGAGCAGACUCGUGAAGUGCAACGUCUGAAGCUUUUGCUAUUAGAUAGAGACAGUCAAAUUCAGCGGGUAAGAGAUAUCAACGAACGACUUGCCGAGAAUAUUGCUGCUUUAAGAAUAGAUUUGGAACAGCAGAGACACCUUGGUGGGCCGCAGACGUCCGAGUCAAGACUCGACUCUUCAUACAGGUUGACCUCACAAAUCGAAGACUUGAAGCUUGAUAUUCAGAGGGUUCAAAUGGAGCUUACCAGAAUGGAUAGAAGCACACAAAACGGUGCCCUGCCUGGGGAGUCUAACGAUGAUUCUUGGAACAGUGACUUUGUCUCUCGUGAACAGCUGAUACAGAUGUUAGUUGAGCGUGAUAUGAAGAUUGCCGCAAUAUUAGAGGAAAAGGCAUCUCAAGAAACACCCAAUACCAUAGAGCCAUCCGACGUGCAGAUCAAUAAACCAAAAAUACGUUCUCGCCCCCAAAGCUCCAAACGCCCGCUCCAAAACACUCAAUUGUCCCAGACCCUGAAGCAGCGGCCUGUAUCCUCAAGUUCAACUGCUAAUCUAUCUCUAACACAACACGGUAAAAAGGAUGCAACAAUUAAUUCAUUAAAGCACCAGCUAAUAGCAGCAGAGAAGUCUAUUUUUUCUCUAAAGCAGGAGCUGACAUCUGUGAACACCAAGCUUUCACAGGCAAAGGCAGCAGAAAUAGCUCUCAAGAAGCUGUUGCAUGAAAAGCAGAAGGAAAUAGAGGACUUGAAGAUUCAGAAUACAACAUUAACUCAAAGGUUGGAUAAAUGUGACAGGAAAGUAGCUGCUCUGGAAAGCGAUAAGUGUGAUUUAAUGGCGAGGUUAGUCAACGCUACUGACAACAGCGAUAGCUCACCCCAGGCGCGCCUUCAAAAGCUUCUGAAUUCUACGCUCAAUAGCAAGGAGGAGCACUUCAGAAGUGAAGGAGGCACGGCGGGGACAGAAGCGACUGACACUACGCGCCGUGCUAAGAUUGGAUUCACCCCGCUGAUGCACGCGAUAACAACGGGCAAUCCCGAUGAAGUGACGUCUAAUCUGGCUUAUGCCGGAUACCAUACAACUAACGGAACGACUGCACUAAUGUUAGCAGUUGAGUAUAAUAACGUACAGGCCAUUAAGCUAUUGUCUCGGAUAGAAGCACGGAUGACUCGGGAAGCAGGGGAAACUGCACUUGCAAUCGCUCUGGCUAAGGGUAACCUCGCAGCCGCUAAGCUCCUCACGGAAACAGAAGGUUUAAACACAAGUCACAUCAGUCGAACAGGAGGAACAAUAACUGAGCUCAUGAAGGCGGCGGCAGAUAAUAAUCUCGUCGCAACGUGGUGUUAUCUCCCUAUUCAGGGAGGUCUGCAUGAUCAAGAUGGAUGUACGGCCCUUAUGCAUGCUGCAAAAAAGGGAAGCGUAGGAGCUGCACGGUUACUUUGUGAUAAGGAGGCAAGAGCACAGUCAAAACAAGGAGAGACUGCACUGAUGUUUGCUGCGAUUAACGGGUAUACGGAACUGGUUAGAAUGCUAAAGGACAGAGAGUGGGGGAUGUAUAAUAUUCACGGAACUACUGCGCUAAUGUUCGCGGCACAGUAUAAUAGGCCACAAAUUGUUUCUCUACUCAUUGAUAAAGAGGCAAGGAUGCUAACAAAACGCAUUCAUGAGCACGGCGCCGGGUUCUGUGCCCUAAUGGCAGCGAGUCAUUACGGAAACAUAGAGUGCGCGAAGCUCUUGCUGCCGAAAGAAGCGGAUAUGAAGCAGCCAAACGGCAAGACUGCGCUGUCGUAUGCCCAAAGUGAUGAAAUGUGGAACCUGAUUAAACAUUAUAGAAAAGCCCAGAUUUGA